AUGGCGUGCCAGGUCAAAGGAACCGCGUUCAUAACCGGCGGUGGAUCAGGAAUCGGCAAGGAUACUGCAAUCGCUUUUGCAAAAAAUGGUAUUCGCGCCAUUGUUCUCGUCGACGUGAAUCUCCCUCUUCUGGAAAGCACCCGUGAUGAGCUCUCGAGUCUUUUUCCUGCAGUUCAGUUAGAAAUCUUGAAGGCCAAUGUGGCCGACGAAGCAUCUGUGGAAGACGCUGUGCGCCAGACUGCAGAGAAAUUUGGAAGCAUUGAGAUCGGAGUCAACUGUGCUGGAAUUAGUGGCAAUCCAGCGCCUACCGACCAAAUGACCCUCGCUGAAUGGCAGAAGGUGAUUGAUGUCAACCAGACUGGAGUGUGGCUAUGUCAGCGCGCGUUGAUCCGGCAAAUGCUGAAGCAGGAAUCACAGGGAUUUCGCGAAGGCCGUGGCGUGAUAGUAAAUGUUUCUUCUAUGUUUGGAGUUGGCGGUCCCCCUGGUCCGUUCAGCAUCCCACACUACACCGCUGCAAAGCACGCUGUGGUUGGCUUGACAAAAAUGGAUGCCAAAGCCUAUUCUCGUCAACAAAUCCGUAUAAAUGCCAUCUGCCCUGGAUUCGUGGACACUCCGAUCAUCAAGCAGCAAAUCGAGUCCGGGUCAAUGAACCCAGCAUUUGAAAUGACACCUGUUGGUCGUCCGGCUCGGGUGGAGGAGAUAUCCGAUGCCAUUCUCUUUCUUUCAUCUCCUAUGAGCAGCUAUAUGUGUGGCGCCGCGCUAGUUGUAGAUGGAGGGUACACUGUCUAG